AUGGCGUUGUCUAGUAGAUGGAAACUUCUGAAUAAAGAGUUAGGGAAAUGGAGAAAUGCCUUGACAAAAGCAAAGGCGAACAUUCAAAGUGGUCAAAAUUUGACCGAUGAGAUGAUACAAGCACAAAUGUGGUUUGGUGCCAUGGGGCAAGGCAAAAAAAGUUUCGUGCAUUUCCAUUGUUGGGAAAUUGUGAAUAAUUAA